UGUAUUCUAAUUGGCUACAUGACGCAUUGCUCAUGCACUUAUGGAAUAUUAUUGGUCAACCCCGCUGUCGUUCAAGAUGUUGACAGGCCAGUUGACGUAAUCAUUUCAGUAAAUCAAGGCAUUCAUCCAUACCCUAAGCCAGCUAGAGGAUCGGUCUGACGGUACCACAGCUAGUCUUAUAAAAUAGAUAACAACCGCGAGCUUUCUAAGCGGCGCGAGACCUCCGGCGGAGAAUGAAACGCAGCUAUAAUGGGUGUAUUUAACAAAAAGGGAACUAUUACGAACUUAGCCGUCAGCCUAUUCUGAUUUCUUCUUCUUCUUCUUCUUCUGCUGCUGGUGGUAGACGUCAUUGGAGAAUUCACGUCGUGCAGGAUUUCUACGGUGCUCUCCGCGCGUGCACGUAUAGAGGAUAACUUUCUGUGGGAUUGAAACGCAACCGCUUCGACCAUGUCUGGCGCCUCUGUGAAAGUGGCUGUCAGAGUUCGGCCCUUCAACUCGAGGGAGAUCGGCAAAGAAUCAAAAUGUAUCAUACAUAUGCAAGGAAACUCCACCACUAUUUCGAACCCCAAGAACCCAAAAGAAGCACCUAAAUCCUUCAGCUUUGACUAUUCUUACUGGUCUCAUACCUCGACGGACGACCCCUGCUUUGCGUCACAGUGCCUGGUUUUCAAUGACAUUGGAAAGGAGAUGUUACAGCAUGCCUUUGAGGGCUACAACGUCUGCAUUUUCGCCUACGGCCAGACUGGAGCUGGCAAGUCUUAUACCAUGAUGGGAAAGCAGGAGGAGGGGCAGGAAGGCAUCAUUCCUCUGCUCUGUGAAGACCUCUUCGAGAAAAUCAAUGACAAUAACAAUGAUGAGAUAUCGUACUCGGUGGAGGUGGCUUAUAUGGAAAUUUACUGUGAGCGAGUAAGGGAUCUUCUUAACCCUAAGAACAAAGGAAACCUACGUGUCAGAGAACAUCCCCUGCUCGGGCCCUAUGUGGAAGACCUCUCGAAACUGGCCGUCACCUCCUACACAGACAUCGCUGACCUCAUGGAUGCUGGUAACAAAGCCAGAACUGUGGCCGCCACCAACAUGAACGAAACCAGCAGCCGUUCCCACGCCGUCUUCACUAUCGUUUUCACCCAGAGGAAAUACGACAGCGACACAGACCUGUCAACAGAGAAGGUCAGCAAAAUUAGCCUGGUGGAUCUGGCAGGAAGUGAGCGUGCUGACUCAACAGGAGCCAAAGGAACCAGACUGAAGGAGGGAGCAAACAUCAAUAAAUCUCUAACCACUCUCGGAAAGGUUAUUUCAGCACUGGCUGAGGUGGAUAAUUGUACCAUCAAGAGCAAAAAGAAAAAGAAGUCAGACUUCAUUCCUUACCGAGACUCAGUGUUGACAUGGCUGCUCCGAGAGAAUCUAGGAGGGAACUCCAGGACAGCUAUGGUUGCCGCUUUGAGCCCCGCUGACAUCAACUAUGAUGAAACUCUCAGCACACUCCGAUAUGCUGAUAGGGCCAAGCAGAUCAAGUGCAAUGCCGUCAUCAACGAGGAUCCCAAUAACAAGCUGGUGCGGGAGCUUAAAGACGAGGUGCUGCGGCUGAAGGAGCUGCUUCAAGCCCAGGGUCUGGGAGACAUCCUGGACAUCGAGCCAUUGGGGGAUGAUUGCCUUGGAAGUGGAGUCAAAUACCUGAAAGAUAUACACAACAAUAAGCAUAGAUACUUGCUUGCCUCAGAGAACCAACGGCCUGGCCAUUUCUCCACAGCGCCUAUGGGCUGCCUGACAGCCUCUCCAUCCUCCGGCUCUCUCUGCAGUCAGGCAGGUCUACAGUCCGUCUCCAGCAUCCAGGAACGCAUCAUGUCCACGCCUGGUGGAGAAGAGGCCAUCGAGAGGCUGAAGGAGUCCGAGAAGAUCAUAGCUGAACUGAACGAAACCUGGGAGGAGAAGCUGAGGAAAACAGAGGCCAUCCGUAUGGAGAGAGAAGCGCUGUUGGCAGAAAUGGGCGUGGCCAUAAGAGAGGAUGGAGGAACCCUGGGUGUCUUCUCUCCUAAAAAGACCCCUCACCUGGUGAAUCUAAAUGAAGAUCCUUUGAUGUCAGAAUGUCUUCUCUAUUAUAUCAAAGAUGGAAAAACAAGGGUGGGUCAGGCAGAUGCAGAGAGGAGACAGGACAUUGUUCUAAGUGGAGCGCACAUCAAAGAAGAGCACUGUAUCUUCCGCAGCGAGAGGAAUGCCAACGGAGACGUGAUCGUCACGUUGGAGCCAUGUGAGGGAUCUGAAACAUACGUGAACGGAAAACGUGUGAAUUCUUCAGUCCAGCUGCGCUCAGGUAACCGCAUUAUCAUGGGAAAGAACCACGUGUUCCGCUUUAACCACCCUGAGCAGGCUCGCGCGGAGCGUGAGAAAACCCCAACGGCGGAGACCCCCGUAGAGCCGGUGGACUGGACCUUUGCCCAAAGAGAACUGCUGGAGAAACAGGGUAUCGACAUGAAGCAAGAGAUGGAGAAGAGGCUAACAGAGAUGGAGAUCCUGUAUAAGAAAGAGAAGGAGGAGGCCGACCAACUGCUCGAACAACAGCGACUGGUCUAUGAGAGUAAACUGCAAGAGCUGCAGAAACAGGUGGAGACUCGCUCGCUGGCCGCAGAGACACCAGAUGAAGAGGAAGAAGAGGAGGAAGAGGAUGAAGUGCCCUGGACCCAGCACGAGUAUGAACUCGCCCAGUGGGGUUUCAGGAAGUGGAGAUACCAUCAGUUCACCUCGCUCAGAGACCAGCUAUGGGGUAAUGCUGUGUAUCUCAAAGAAGCCAAUGCCAUCAGCGUGGAGCUCAAGAAGAAGGUCCAGUUCCAGUUUGUCUUACUUACUGACACGCUGUAUUCCCCGCUGCCCCCUGAGCUGCUGCCUCCAGAGUCAGAGAAAGAGCGUGACGCAAGGCCUUUCCCUCGAACCGCGGUGGCUGUAGAGGUCCAAGACCUGAAGAAUGGAGCCACUCACUAUUGGUCCCUGGAGAAGCUGAAGCAGAGGCUGGAUCAGAUGAGAGAAAUGUACGAUCGAGCUGGGGAGAUGGCCUCGUCCAAUCAGGAAGAGGAUGGAGAAUGUGCCCUGACCGGCAGUGACCCGUUCUACGACCGUUUCCAUUGGUUUAAACUGGUUGGGAGCUCACCUAUUUUUCACGGCUGCGUGAACGAGCAUCUGGUGGACCGAACGCCCUCACCCACCUUCUCCACCAGCGACUCUGAGAUCACAGAGCUGGCUGAUGAACGGCAGAGCGAGAUGGAAGACUUGAUAGACGACGAGGCCUUCAUAGAUGACGCCAGCUCUGAUGCUGGAACAGAAGAGGGCUCCGACAUCUUCAGUGAUGGGCAGGACCCCUUUUAUGACAGGUCCCCCUGGUUCAUCCUGGUGGGCAGAGCCUUCGUGUACCUUAGUAACCUGCUGUACCCUGUGCCCCUGGUGCACCGUGUCGCUAUAGUAACAGAGAAGGGAGAUGUGCGAGGAUUCCUGCGAGUGGGGGUUCAAGCCAUCGCUGCGGAUGAAGAAGCUCCUGAUUAUGGAUCUGGUGUGCGUCAGUCAGGCACCGCUAAGAUUUCAUUCGAUGAUGAAUAUUUUAAAAAGAGUGAUUUCUCCUCCAUGGUCAAGACACACUCUGGGCUCUCUUUGGAGGAACUGAGAAUUGUAGAAGGUCAAGGUCAGAGUUCAGAGGUCAUCACCCCCUCGGAAGAGAUGAACAGAAUAAAUGACAUGGAUCUAAAGCUCAACAACAUGGACACGAAGCUGGGCGACAGUUUGGCAGAUCAUCUGGAGGUGGGCAGUAUCUUCACCUUCCGCGUCACCGUCCUGCAGGCGAGCGGAGUCCCGCACGAGUACGCAGACAUCUUUUGCCAGUUCAAUUUCCUCCAUCGUCACGAUGAGGCGUUCAGCACCGAGCCGCUGAAGAACACAGGAAAAGGCUCCCCGCUGGGUUUCUACCACGUACAGAAUAUCUCGGUGGAGGUGACAGAAUCCUUUAUUGAAUACAUAAAGACCAAGCCAAUCGUGUUUGAGGUGUUCGGCCAUUACCAACAGCAUCCACUGCACCUUCAUGGACAGGAAGUGGUCAGCCCGUCUCAGCCUUCCAGGAAGUACUACCCCCCACCCAUGCCUCUGUCCAAACCAGUGCCGGCCACUAAACUCAACACCAUCACCAAGUCCAACCUGGGUCAAUGUGUGAGCAAGUAUGACCUGCUGGCCUGGUUUGAGAUCAGCGAACUGGAGCCAACUGGAGAGUAUAUUCCAGCAGUGGUGGAUCACACAGGGGGGCUUCCUUGUCACGGCACCUACCUGCUGCACCAGGGCAUCCAGCGCAGAAUUACAGUCACUCUGAUUCACGAGAAAGGAUGUGAAAUGUACUGGAAAGAUGUCAGGGAGCUGGUAGUUGGUCGAAUCAGGAAUAAACCAGAAGUGGACGAUUCGGCUUCAGAUGCCGUUCUGUCGCUCAACAUCAUCUCUGCGAAAUACCUGAAAUCUUCUCACAAUUCCAGCAGCCUGUGCAUUGAUAGCGAUAUCGCUAGGACAUUCUACCGCUUCGAGACAGUCUGGGACAGUUCCCUGCACAACUCUCUUCUGCUGAACCGCGUCACUCCAUACGGAGAGAAGAUCUACAUGACUCUGUCUGCUUAUCUGGAGCUUGACCACUGCAUCCAACCUGCCAUCAUUACCAAGGACAUCUGCAUGGUCUUCUACUCUAGAGAUGCUAAGAUCUCUCCUCCACGCUCCCUGAGGAACCUGUUCGGAAGCGGUUACUCCAAGACCCCUGACUGUAAUAAAGUAACUGGCAUCUAUGAGCUCAGCUUGUGCAAGAUAGCCCACACAGGAAGCCCAGGUAUGCAGCGACGGAGACGGAAGAUUCUGGAUACGUCCGUGGCUUACGUGCGUGGAGAAGAGAACCUGGCUGGCUGGAGGCCCAGAGGAGACAGUCUGAUCCUCGAGCAUCAGUGGGAACUGGAGAAACUCGAGCAGUUGCAUGAGGUGGAGAAGACGCGUCAUCUGCUGCUGCUUCGUGAGAAGCUGGGUGAGACCGCUCCCCCGAAAUCCCUGAGCGACUCUCUGUCCCCCAGCCUGAGCAGCGGGACCCUCAGCACCUCCACCAGCAUCUCCUCUCAGAUCUCUUCUACGACCUUCGAGAGCGCCAUCACGCCCAGCGAGAGCAGCGGAUACGACUCAACGGAUGUCGAGAGCUUGGCAGACCACGAGAAGGACUUGGCAACUAAGUGCCUCCGGCUCCUGACACACACCUUCAACAAUGAAUAUAACCAAAUGUACAACAGCAUCAGUGACUGCAAGUUGUCAGAUAUCUCUCCUAUGGGCCGCGACCCGUCAGUUACUAGUUUCAGCAGUGCCACUCUCACCCCGUCCUCCACCUGCCCGUCUCUGUCAGACUCUCGGACCCCUGAAGCUAACUCUCGCGCCACCAGCCCCUCGUGCUCCGACUACGAGAACUUCCCCAUGGUGCCCAUCCUGGAAACGUCCUACCUGGCGCGCGCCGGCAAACACGAGUUCCUCAACCUUCUGCCUGAUAUUGAGGAGAUGAGACCCGGGUCUGUGGUGUCCAAGAAGGGAUUCCUCAGCUUCAUGGAGCCCCGUUCCAACUCCUGGGUGAAGAACUUUGUGGUGGUCCGUCGACCGUACGUGUUCAUCUACAACAACGAUAAGGACCCGGUGGAGAGGGGCGUGCUGAAUUUGUCCACCGCUCAGGUGGAAUACAGUGAAGACCAGGAGGCCAUGCUCAAGACACCGAAUACAUUUGCCGUGUGCACCAAGCACAGAGGAAUUCUGCUCCAGGCGAAUAAUGACAAAGAUAUGAAUGACUGGCUGUACGCCUUCAACCCACUGCUAGCAGGAACAAUAAGGUCAAAGUUGGCGAGGAGACGGUCCGGUCUGAUGAAGAACUGAACAAGGGUCACGUCGUGCAAAGAUUGUGCUCAUUUUUUUCUCUGUCUACCUUUACAACGUACCAAGUGUGUGAACACUUCUAAAUCUUUGUGAUUCUUGACGGUUUCUCUCGUAUGUAGACCUGUGGCUCUCUUCUCCUCUCCAGCGAAUUAACUUUGAGUUCACCAAAUCUCUCUAUUUCUCUCCUAAUCCAUUGUGUUAUCGGAUUUUUUCUGUCUUCGGUUCUUUGUCAUAACUGAACCUCCUUCAAGUAGCAUGUUGUUAUCGUCCGUUUGCGUGUGCACGAACUUCAGAGCGGGUUCUUCUUUUUCUUGAGUUACUCUCGUCUGUGAAGAUCGUCCUUACCAGUGUUGUCUGCCGGCAACGUCUCGCUCACGUGGCGAUGGCCACAAACCUUACGAGGAAGUUGAUUCGCUAAAAGCCCUUAAAAAAUGCUUUUGGGAAAAUACAAAUAUUAAUAUUGAUAACGUAAUGAUCACACUUUCUCAAUAUAAGGAAAAAAAACUAAACGGCUUUGCUUCGGGUACUGUUAAGUUCGUUCUUGUUCCGACAAGGGAUCUGUUACAAAAUAGAUGUUUAGAUGGACCAAAGCACUGCUCGAAGAUUUUCUAAUGAGGAAGGAAAUUUCCUCUCAAAAUGAAUGUUAUUGCAGUAUUGGAUUUGCCGAAUCUGAGCAAGCUGUGAUAGUUCUGUACAUACACCAGUUUAUUCAUAAGCCCUUAACUGUACCAUGUCGCAGUGUAUUUGCUUGACACGAGAUCCACAUAUCAAAGUCGUAAAACAUAAUAUGUAACAAUGAGAACAUUACUAGCAGGGAAAUACACUGAUAUAUCACCAUUUUCCGUAGCCUAUAAGAGUGUUCUGCUCAGCAUACACGAUUCCCUACAUUAGAUUAGGAACAACAAUGGUGCAAAAAGUUACCUUAAACAGAACCUCUGAAUGAAAGUCCAUCUGUACAAACUUUCAGGGCGCUUCUCAUGAACACACAGUCUUUGCUUUCUGUUCUUAUUGUAUUACGAAAAGACAACGAUAAAGGCCACGUGUGGUUUGCUCGCACAGUAGGUUUCGCCUCUUUUGAAAGACGUAUGCUUGAGAAAGAUACCGACGGUUACGAAAUAAUAGAUUGAAUGUUUUAACGUGGUCUUCUUCGACUCGAUAUCUCAAGGCCACUCAAACCUCAUAAAAGUCAUUAAACCAGCCUUUUUACCCCUUUGAGAAUGAGAGGGGUUUAUUAGUUACGGGAUUUUAAUAUUAUUGAACGUUCACCGUGUAUCUUUAUACUGUCCUGAUUAUCUUAACUUAUUUUUAAAAACAUUCCAUCAGUGUUUCACAUGAUCUAAAUGACAGAUUCGUUCUGGAAGGCUGUGUAGGCUAGAGCACUUUUUAUUCAGUUAUCUAUACAGACCAAUUUUGAUCACUAAAACAUUACCGUUUCAUCACCGACUAAUGGGUUUCUAAGAAAUUGACGCUGGACGGGUCAUGUAUGUGCAGUGAAGGGAAAAAGGAUGGUGUGCAUUUUGUUUUUCGUUAUGGAAAUCUUUGCUCUGUAUAUUUAAAAUGAUACUCAGUGACUGCGGAGUUAUUGUCUUAUACUGGUGAAAUUAUUUCGACAUGAGGGAUUUGACUGGGCAUUUUAGAGUCCUCUGGCCAGACAACCAGCAGGAAUUACUGUCAGCAGAUUCUGAAGUGAAGUAGUUUCAAUAUUAUGAAGUCAAUUUUCUUGCUGCUUAUAGACGCACAUUGACGUCGAUGAAGAGGUUUAGCACUUUUUCACAGAAAAACACAUGAAAGUAGCUCUGGAGAAUUGGGCCUUCUGGUCGGCCAGCCUGAGGAGUUCUACUGAGCUGUUGGAUUGUUACACAUCUGUGAAAUUUUCGAUAUUUAAUAUUCAGAGACGGCACAUAAAACGAGUGCAUAAUAAGGACAUUUAUUACCUUUGUUGCAAUGAAGUUUAGUAAACAUUAGCAUUUAAAUUUAAGUGUUUUGGAUUUUUCGCCAGGGCAAAGAUUUUCGUUUUUUACCAGCUUUGUUGAGUGGUUUGGUUGACUAAUGUAAAGUUAUAGAUAUUCAUAAUGAAUUUCACUAACUGUAUUUAUUGUUUCGCAAUGUAUAUAUUAGUUUGCAGUUCUUUGCACAUAAUAUGCGUUUAUACGAGUAACAGAACAAAUAAAGCUUGAACUAUGGUUUUGUCGUUUUCUCAAAUGGAAAACCAAACGGUUUUUGAUUUUUUGUGUUUUACUCAUUUGAAGUGGACUUUGAAUGUACCUUGAAUUUCUCUAAAAAUGCAUGAAUUAAGGGAAAAUAAGAUUUUCAUCUGGGACUGAGGUGUUGCAAUUUAUUUUCUUCAUUUUAAGGGCAUUCCAAAUAAACAUCAUGCCUACUCAUUGUGGUAAAGCAACAGAAAACAUUCAACCGUGGCAUUAACACUGUACAUUAUUUGUCAGAUUGGCUUCAUUUUCAUACUUAUUUUGUAAAUAUUACAUGUUGAAUGGAACUUGGAUUAAAAUGUAAAUAUGUCCCCUGUAUUUGUAAUAAUCAUAAUCCAUUCGCUGUAUAGCCUAGAUGUGUAAUGCAUAUAUCUUAAUUCUGUGUAUGGUAAUCUUGCACCAUUGACCUGUUUAGUGAAUGAGGUAAAAAAUAAAAUUACAGCCAGUGCAUUA